CCGUGCUGUAUCUCACCCACAUGUAGGUUUUUCCUGGUCGAUGGCACCUCUGGUUGUGGUUGCAGUCUGUGUUUCUGCGUCUCUGUGCACUUGUUCACCCCAGUAUGCAGCCUCCAACUUGAGCGCAUAGGUUGAAAUGAGAUUUCUUAUCACAACACCAAACCCAAUCACCUCACUCCAUCUGCGACUUUUACUCUUCAUUUUUCCCAUCUCCAUUUUUGAGCGAAGAUGAUCCGCAUCUAUAACCCUCACCACGUACCUCUUCUACUUCAGACAGAGCAGCUUCGCCAAGCAGGGACCCUUUGUGACACUCUUCUCACUGUGGAGGGACUUUCGUUUAAAGCACAUGCUCUUAUACUAGCUUUGGCUAGCAAACGACUAAAGCAUCAGUUAAUGAAUCAACAUGGUCCUGGUCCAGGGUAUAGCUGCGCUAUAGAUAGCAUCUCUCCCCAUACCCUUAAACAGAUCCUAGACUAUGUGUACAGCGAGUCAGUGGAGGUGCCCAAAGAUGACAUGGAGGAGCUUUUAAGGGGCGCUCAGUACCUGGAAGUUGAGUCUUUGGUGGAGCAGUGUGAAGCACAACUCAGGGGCCCAGAGUCUCUUAAUAAAGUGGACGAGAAAGGAGUUGAAAAUAUUGAACGGAAACUCAUUUCACUCAAAGAUGACAAAAUGCACAAGGACUCUCAUUUGUCAAAAAGAUGCCACCCUUUGGAUGAAGACCUUUAUGAUUGUUCUGUAGAAGAAAAAAGUUCUCCAACCAAUAAAGAUCCAAGGAACCAUAAAGAGUCACCUAAUAUCACUAGUUCUCCUCCACAGAAGAAAAGCUUCUCUCCUGUGUCUCCUCUGCCUCCUAUGUCCUCCAGAGAAUCCAGGAUCUCCUCUUGCUCUCCAUCUCCCUCUGCUCGUCUCUGUUGGCCCCCAGUCAGCCCUUCUCAAAGUAUGGUGUUCAACUGUAGAGAAAUCAUGACCUUCCACUCCCUCCGAGCUUCCCAGCACGUAUUGGCGUACCCCUACCCUAUGCCCAUGUAUCCUAUCCUCCAUCGCUCGCUCCAGCCCCAGAUGUCCUCUUCACUUAUGGGUUACACAGGGUUGCUUCACCCUUAUCACCCACUCAUACACUCUCCUCCACUGACUCAGGACAGUCCCUUAAUUUCUGGUCCAAGACCAAAGAACACCUCUAUCAAUGCAGCUUUAACAGGUUCCAGGCCAGACAAUCAAGAGAGAAAUUAUGGUGAUGAAAAGUGGGCUGAGACCCUAUCACAAAGAGGACAAAAACAUGACAGGAAGCCGAAGGUACAAGUGGAGAGGGAGUUAUGCUGCAGACACUGUGGUAAACCAGCCCUGGAAAACCCCUGGAGGCCAGCGACUGAGUCAUCAUCACCAUCAGGGGAGAUGACCUUCAGGUGUAAGUUUUGUGGACGAGGCAGACGGGACAAGCGAUCUCUGCGUUCGCUCAGAAGGGGUCUCGGGGGUGAGAAACCUUACCAGUGUAAACAGUGUAGCAAGAGGUUCAGCCUUAAACACCAGCUGGACACACACCACCGGGUACACACAGGUGAGAAACCAUUUGAGUGUAGACUGUGUGGCCAACGCUCACGUGAUUAUUCGGCUAUGAUUAAGCACUUGCGUACACAUGGCGGUGCCACGCCCUACCAGUGCACCAUAUGUCUUGAGUUUUGUAGCAGUCUGGCAGCCAUGCAGAAGCACCUGAAGAAUCACCCCUCCCAAGACUUCCCACCAGACUGGAGCCUGAGCAGCACAUAUCUGUACAACAGCCACACCUGACCCUGGCAUAUGCAUGUGGAGCCACUGGACGUUUGAGUUCAUGAGGGUUAAAAUGUGUAGAUAUAAUUUCUUUCAACUUUUAAAACAAAUUGUAAAUUCUGAAUACAUUUUAUGAAUUUAAUUGUUAUAUUUUAACAUUUACACAGCCAUUAUACAAAUAUGAUAAUAUAUACAUACUGUGUCUGUGUGUGUGUGUGUGUAUGUAUGUAUAUAUAUAUAUACACACACACACACACACACACACACACACACACACAUUACAAAUGACAUUUACGCUAGUUAUGGAUGAUUUCUUUGAGAAAUGUAAGUUAGGUGAAUAUUUCAUCCUCCAGUUACUAUAAUGCAGACUGUAGUAUCAUCACAAUACCACAGAAAAUGUAUAUUUAUUUAUCCAAUGCUAUUUGUACCAUUUAUCUAAGCACUCACUAUGUGAUCUAUUUACACAAAUAUGCAAUAUUUUUAUUAAAAGCAUUACAAUUAAAACAGUAAUAGUUUGUCUGUGACUUCUCUGUUGCAGAUUUCUUUGACGCUAGUAGCUUAUUUUUAGCAGCACAGGAGCAGCAGAAUGAUCAAAUAAAACUAUAUAUAAAUAUGUAAUCGAAACUCCAGCUGUAUAUGCAGCACACAGUUUAUAGGCCCUGCGUUCCAAACGGGCUAAAUCAGCCUCCGAAGGGCACUUCGAAGUGAAAACAAUCAUGAUAGGCAUGCUAAAAAUUGCUUCAAAAUGAAUCUCCUAUAAAAAAUUCCUCAAAAGGUGUGUUCUGAAUAAUCUUUAUUAUUGAGCCCCACAACUUUCAGCCUUCCAAAGCUCUCACAGUGGAUGGUAAAGUCUUUAAAGUGAAUAGGGCAUAGGCAGGGCUGGUUUCACUGGACAUCAACUGGUGACCCACCCCAGUAAGUUACAAAACCUGAAUUUAAUGGAUCCUGCAUGGGUCACAUUUUCUUUUAACUUGGUUUUCAUGUAUAAAUGCAUGUAUCAAGUGACAUUAUUAUUGUUGUUGAUGUCAAAAACAAACUUUCUCUCCCCCCUUUUAAAAGUUGAUGAGCAUAUAUAUUUAUAUGAGCCCAUUAUAUUUGUUAUCCAGUUUAUUUCCUAAUAUUAAACAUCAUUCUAACAGAACAUUGGCUAUUAAACCGGAGGAAAACUUAAUUCAUAAUUUGUCCACCAGUCUUGAAGGUCCUAAAGCCCUAAUAAUAAUAAUAAUAAUAAUAAUAAGAAGAAGAAGAAGAAGAAGAAGAAGAUUUAGUAAACAUUAAAAAAAAAACAAUAAUAAUUGUUACCAAAUGCCAUAUUUUCUGUUUAAAACACUAACUAUACGAUCCUUUUCAAACAAAGAAAACAAUAUGUUGGUAUAAGUGUUAGCUUUGGCUAUGAAAUGGAUUAUUAUUAUUGCAUUAUUGCACUUAAUGAAGUAUUUCUGUGCAAACUGAAUUCACUCUUAAUUGGGAUGUAAGGCUACUGUCAACCGCUUAAUUCCUCGUUCAGUUCAUGCCCCAUUUUCUGUGCUGUGCGCUUGAAAGUCUUAAAUAAAGUUGUACUAUAAAUAAAGUAUCCCUAUUUUCUAAUUUGAGUGUUUUGUGUGGUAACCUAAAUUCUCUAUCUCCUGUUGACACUGAACAUGGAAAUUAAGAACAAGAAAUCUGUCAAAAUCUCUUAAAUCUUUUUACCCUUUGUGCACUGUCAACAAACAUUGGUUGGGUUUCCCAGAUAACCUUGCAACUUAAGCCUUUGCAUCAUCAUAACUGACAUCAUUUGCUAUUUUACGAUAGAGUAAGGCCUGUUUCCCAAACCAGCAUGUAUAUUGCUCGGUACAAAGUAGAACUUAAGUGCUUCGUUACGGGAGCUGUCCGGUACAAAUAUGCUGAUCGUCAGGAUUUGUACGACUAUUCUAAAUUUGGCCAAUUCGUAUGAUAUCGUGCGACUGCGCUCGUUUCUAAUACGCCACAAUUACUUGCUUCUGUCACACACAACAGCAUCCUAUCAUGUUUACACACUCUACUGAUUGGUUAAGUUUAGAUAAGGGGUUUGGGUAAGGGCAUAAUAUUAAUAAGAGUGUCCUUAACACCUGCAGAACUAGUGCUUACUUCCGCAUUAAAC